GUGAUUAAUAUUAAUGAGGCACAACUGUUCUGACGCUCUGGGUGGAUCCAGGUAGAAACACUGAUGUUGAUGAUAAAUACUGCUGUCAUCUCGACCAGAUCACGUUCACUGCUUCAUCAUGGACUUCGAUCUGGACUCAGCUGUUGGAGAUGAUGAGGUGAAGAAGCAGGAGGGCAACGAGGUGGAGGGGCUCUUUGGGUUUGGAAAGAAAGAUAAAGACAAAGAAGAAAAAGAUAAAGAGUGUAAGGACAAGGACAAAGAUAGUGACAAGCCAAAGAGUGAUUGCAAAGAGGAUAAAGACAAGGAUAAGUGCACAGACAAAGAGAAGGACAAGUGCAAAGAGAAAGAGAAGGACAAGUGCAAAGACAAAGAGAAGGACAAGUGCAAAGACAAGGAAAAGAAGAAGGAUAAAGAGCACAAAAAGGGGCACGGACACGGUCAUGGUCACGGUCAUGGACACGGUCAUGGACAUGGACACGGUCGGGGACGUGGACAUGGACACAGGUCAUCCUCUUCAUCCAGUGAUGAGGACUAAAGCUGAAGACUGAAGUCAUGAGGGGGCCGGGGCAAGUUGUCACAUAGGGAAAAUGAUUUAUGGGAUUUAUGUUUAUAGUAACUGUGAGGUUUUGAGUCAAAAAAUUCAAUUGCAGAAAUGCUUGUUUUCUCUAGCAGUGGUUUUAUAAGUUGGUUUUAAACACCUAGUUGCACCAUUUGUAUUAUAUUAGGAUAAUAUUUUUGGAAUUGUGUCUUACAAACUAACAUUUCAGUACUGUUAUCUUUUUAUAAAUUGGUGUGAGCUGUUACAUGAGUUCUGUGAUGUACUGCAUAUACAGUAUCUAUGAAAAUCUCCUGUUAUUUUUUAUUUUUUUGCAGUUUGUUUUACUGUUCAAGACAUUAUAUAGCCUGUAAUACAUUUGAAAUAUUAUAUUGUGGAAAAUGUAUUGAUUUUAUGUUAAUAUGUCAUAUUACAAAUAAACAGUUCCCAUUUUUUGUGAUUUAUCCCAUAUAUAGUGACAACAUGGCCCAGUAAAGGUCAACAUAAUGACCUGUAGGCUAAAUUUAUACUGGAUAAUAAUGAUAAACAUGUCCAAUUGUUGUUUCAGGUUUGUGACUAUUGAAAAAGUGACUUAAGUGACUUUUCAAAAUAAACUUACUGUGAGAAAUUAA